UAAAUAAAUAAAUCGCCAAGUGCGGCUUGGGAAAUGUGCGCUUUAUCAAAUAAAUUGCCCCCGUUUUUGGCCAAUUGAGAGUUGUGGCUAAACAGAAAAUUCGACGGGAGUUCAAUUAAAAACAAUCCAGUGAAUAAACACGGACUAUCAACUAAAAAAUUUGUUUUUAUUUUUGUUUUUAAUUUAUUAACACAAAAAUAUUGGAAUAAAAAUAAAAGAAAAAGUGUACGUGACAAGAGCUUGAAAAAGUGCAAGAAAAAAAAAAUUGCGAAAAUAAUUCGUGCGUGCUAAAAAGUGCUGCGAAGUUUUAUGGCCCAUGCGAAAAGUGCUAAAUUCGUAAAUGGCAUGGAAAGUGCAAAGCUCUGAUUAAAAAGCCGCGAAGAGUGGAGCGCGAGGUGCCCAAAACACAACCAACUACUGCCAAAAGGAAAUUAUUAAAUCAAAACAACAACCUUCGAAAAAACUAAUCAAAACAGAAAUUUGUGCUAAUUCUGUUUAGUCGACACCAUCCACGUUGGAUCCCCAUCGCAUAUAAUGUCAUCAAAAUGUGUUUUCAACAUUGUAUUCGUAUCGAUCAUUUUCAUCAUCAUCGUAAAUGGUUACGCAAAAGAUAUUUCUGGAGUUAAAAGAGGUCAUAAGCGACUUAACGAAUACAUAUCCCACUAUGAAACACUCAACUAUGAUCACGAGCACAUCCGAGCUAGUCACAAUAGAGCGCGACGAUCAGUGACCAAAGAUCAUUAUGUACAUUUAAAGUUUGCAUCACAUGGAAGAGACUUCCAUCUUAGAUUAAAACGUGAUUUAAAUACAUUUAGCAAUAAGUUAGACUUUUAUGAUAGCAAAGGUCCCAUUGAUGUCUCCACGGAUCAUAUCUAUGAGGGCGAAGUGAUAGGGGAUCGUAAUAGUUAUGUAUUUGGUUCCAUACACAAUGGGGUAUUCGAGGGUAAAAUUAUAACGGAACGUGAUGCCUAUUAUGUUGAACAUGCCAAACAUUAUUUCCCCACAAAUCGCACGGCGACAACACCACCAACUUCGACGACAUACUCCACCUCCACCCCAUCAUCAUCUUCAUCGACAACAACAACAAAAACAACAACAACAUCGGCUCCUAGGAGCACCACGAAAAAUACACAACCAACACGGCCUUUGGCCCAACGCAACAACAACAACAACAAUAUAAGCUACAACAACAGAACUGCCGUUGAUAGUAAGACAGAAAACUUCAUAAAGAAAAUUGCUGAAUCCACAACAACGAGCCAGCUUCCAGAGAGUUCCGACUCGUUGUCGUCGUCGUCGUCGUCGACAACAACAUUCCCACCCACAUCGGUGAAUUCCGAGGACGAGCAGGAGCAUAAUGCCGAGGACGAACUUGAUUUUCACUCCAUUAUCUACAAGGAGUCACAUGUCGAGGACGCCUACGAAAAUGUGCGCGAAGGUCACGUGGCCGGCUGUGGCAUCACGGAUGAGGUCUCCCAGUGGAUGGAGAACAUACAAAAUUCAGCCGUCGAAGAGUUGCCGGAGCCCAUGUCAAAGGACUACCAGAAACUCCACCGGAAGCAGCUGCAAAAGUCCGCCCCACAGCAGCAGCAACAGCAACAGCAGCAGCAGCAGCAACAUCAGCCCCAUCCGCCCAAGAAAUACAUCAGUGGCGAUGAGGACUUCAAGUAUCCCCACCAGAAGUACACGAAGGAGGCGAACAUCGCCGAGGGGGCGUUCUAUGAUCCUUCGACCGGACGUCGCCUCGGCUCAUCCGCCAACGUGGCCGACUGGCAUCAGCUCGUCCACGAGCGGGUGCGACGGGCCACCGACGGUGGAACUGGACGCGGUCGCGCGGACAAUAAUAAUACCUGCUCGCUCUACAUUCAAACGGAUCCAUUGAUUUGGCGCCAUAUACGCGAAGGCAUUUCCGAUCACGAUCGCAGGUACAAGUCUGAGGUGGAUGUGAAAACGCGCGAGGAAAUCACAUCGCUGAUUGCACAUCACGUGACGGCCGUUAAUUACAUUUACCGCAACACAAAGUUCGAUGGACGCACCGAGCAUCGCAACAUACGCUUUGAGGUGCAACGAAUUAAGAUCGAUGACGAUUCAGCCUGUCGAAAUUCCUAUAAUGGUCCACACAACGCCUUUUGCAAUGAGCAUAUGGAUGUCUCGAACUUCUUGAAUCUGCAUUCCCUGGAAGAUCACUCAGACUUUUGCUUGGCUUAUGUGUUUACCUACAGAGAUUUCACGGGUGGCACCUUGGGUUUGGCUUGGGUGGCAAGUGCUUCGGGAGCAUCUGGUGGAAUUUGCGAGAAGUACAAGACCUACACGGAAACGGUGGGUGGACAGUAUCAGAGCACCAAGCGAUCCCUGAACACGGGUAUUAUCACCUUUGUCAACUACAACAGCCGAGUGCCACCGAAGGUCUCCCAGCUGACGUUGGCCCACGAGAUUGGCCAUAACUUUGGAUCACCUCACGACUAUCCACAAGAGUGUCGCCCCGGAGGAAAUAAUGGCAACUAUAUUAUGUUUGCCAGUGCCACCUCAGGCGAUCGGCCGAACAACUCAAAGUUCUCGCCCUGCUCCAUUCGGAAUAUCUCCAAUGUUCUUGACGUGCUGGUGGGCAACACGAAGCGGAAUUGCUUCAAGGCCUCGGAGGGCGCCUUCUGCGGCAACAAGAUCGUGGAGUCCGGCGAGGAGUGCGACUGCGGCUUCAACGAGGACGAGUGCAACGACAAGUGCUGCUAUCCGCGCUUGAUCAGCGAGUACGACCAGUCGCUGAACUCCAGUGCCAAGGGGUGCACGCGCCGCGCCAAGACGCAGUGUUCACCGUCGCAGGGUCCAUGCUGUCUGUCCAGCUCGUGCACUUUUGUGCCCACCAGUUCCCACCAGAAGUGCAAGGAGGAGACGGAGUGCAGUUGGUCGAGCACCUGCAACGGAACCACCGCCGAGUGUCCGGAGCCGCGUCAUCGGGAUGACAAGACCAUGUGCAACAACGGAACUGCACUGUGCAUCCGUGGCGAGUGCAGUGGAUCGCCUUGUUUGCUGUGGAACAUGACCAAGUGUUUCCUCACCUCGACAUCCCUGCCGCAUGUGGACAAGCGAAAGUUGUGCGAUUUGGCCUGCCAGGAUGGGGAUGAUACCUCAACCUGUCGCAGUACCAGCGAGUUUGCCGAUAAAUACAACAUCCAAAAGGGCGGCAUUAGUCUGCAGCCGGGUUCGCCCUGCGACAACUUCCAGGGCUACUGUGAUGUGUUCCUCAAGUGUCGAGCCGUCGACGCCGACGGUCCGCUGGUACGGCUCAAGAAUCUCCUGCUGAACAAGGAGACCUUGCAGACGGUCGCCGAGUGGAUCGUCGGCAACUGGUAUCUGGUGGUUCUGAUGGGCGUCGCCUUCAUCGUUGUGAUGGGGGCGUUCAUCAAGUGCUGUGCCGUGCACACGCCCAGUUCGAAUCCGAAGAAGAGGCGAGCUCGUCGCAUCAGUGAAACUCUGCGAGCGCCCAUGAAUACGUUGCGAAGAAUGCAACGUCAUCCCAAUCAGCGAGGAGCGGGACCUCGAAGCAUACCACCGCCGGCCCAUGAGGCCCAGCACUAUCCCCGCGGCGGCGACGGACGCAGUGGCGGCCAAGGCGGUGGACGGGGUCACGGGGGCUCCCGGUCGCACCAGCAUCCUCAGCACGCUCAGCACUCGAUCGUGCCACUGCCCACCGGCGGCAGUCAUGCGAGCCGCAACUCGGCGGCGAAUCAGGCGAGAAGAAGCGACGGGCGGGGCACACGGUCCACCAGCAGUGGAAGACCACAGGCGACGGCGGGUGGUGGCGCCGGCAGUGGAGCGGCGCGAUCACAUGGCGGGUAUGGAGCCGAACAGGCGAUACCGGGUUCCAUUGGUGGUGGUGUUCAGGCGGCCAUUAGCAGCGGCGGUGUGGUGGCCCGGGCCCAGCUGCCGUUGCCAUUGCCGCCGCCAAAUGCACAUCCGCAAUUGCAACAGCACCAACAACAACAACAACUACAGCUACAGCAGCCGGCUAUCUCGCCGCAGCAGCAACCGCAGCAACAGCAAGCGUUCUACACGCCGAAAGAACUACCACCACGCAAUAAGUCCCGAUCAUCACGUACCAACAACACCUCCAACACCACAACCACCAACUCAUCCACAGCGGCGGCCGGCAGUGGGUCGGGAUCGGGAUCGGGAUCGGGGGCGGGCAGUAGUAGUAAAAACAAGAGCGGUAAAAGUGCCAAAGCCAAAGACUCAAAGUCGAUAAAGUCGCAGCAGGCCAACAGUCGCAGCAGCAGCAAGGAGAAGGCCGUCAAGCCGGUGCGCCGGAAUAUCGUUUAUUAGGAGUGGAUCCAUCAUUUUGCCAUACAUAACACUAAAAUACAGACCCCGCAAAUCCCGUGCAAAAACAAUCAAAAAAAAAAAAAAAAAAAGAACCAAAAAGCGUCCGCUGCUAGUCAUCGAUCCAUGAGUUGUUGCUUCCCAUCCACCACCAAAACACAAACAAAAAAGAAAAUGAUAUUUCAUUUAACCGAAGCGAUUGGCGUCGCGCCGCCACAGCUUCAAGUAAGCUUUAGUCGGCCGACAUCGUUGCACGAGCAACAGCAGCAACAACAUCUGCUGCAACAGCAGCAGCAGCAGCUGGAGCCGCAGCAGCAUCACGCCUACGCCGAUGCCUAUGCGGCACUGGGGCGGGGCCAAUAUGAAUCCACUACGCGGGCGCCCAACAACAGCAAGGUUUGACAGCCAAAAGUUGCUAUGGAGCGCCACAAAAGGCCGAAGGGUAAGCGACUCAAGCAGCAGCAACAACAACAGCAAACAACACAGCCGAAACAGCAACAAAAGCAAAAACAACAUAAAUCAAAUGAACUCAAAUUAAAUGUAAAUGUAAUUUUUAUGAUAAUUAUUUUUAUUUAAAACAUGUUUGUAUGCCACAAGGGAAAAAUCGCCAGAAAGAAAAAACAACAAAAAAAGAGACAAAUUUCAUAAAAUAGAAAAAGCUAAAAGUGAA